AUGAGCGAAAACGAGGUUUCGCCUCACGGACAAGGGCAUGGAGGACGAGAGAAUGAGACGGCUGAGAAGAAGGUCGGGUGGAAGGGCAUACUGGGAAAUCGAAGCAAGCGGAAAGAGGGUCUACCGCAAGACAAUCGCUCAGAUCUGGAGGACAACGUCGAGAAGAGACCUGCGAGGUGGAACAUGGGCAUAUUGAACGAUCGAUAUACGGAAGAGGUUCCUGGUUCUAUCCUCCUGCUCUCCAAAGUCAGCGAGUUUAACGAACCUCUCGGCCUUCGGAACCAACCCGCACGUACAUCUGCCUCUUCUUUACCCUCCGUGCUGCAUCAAUCGACGUCUCGCUCGAGCUCGGUCUCCCGCCGCCGCCGACCUCCCUCCGUGCCCAGCAAGAAACUCACCGCCGACGGAAAGAUUAUCCUUGAGCCUCAACCCGAUGAUUCCGCCAACGAUCCCUUGAAUUGGUCUGUCUGGCGCCGCGAUGCCGCUCUGCUGUCUCUGGGCUUCUACUGCAUGGUCGGAGGCGGC